AUGGAUCCUUUGCUGGCAUCGUCGCUCAAGGUAAAGCUUUCAGGAUUCGCGGUGACCCCACUGGAACCCAUCAAACAGUCACUGCAAGACCAUGUCGAUUUCGUACCAUCUCGAGUUCCACUGCAACGGAGACUUCAAAUGACGGCGGUGGCGUCGUGGUCGGUCCUGUUCGUCUUGAUGACCUGCCUGUUUCUCUACCUUUGUUCUUUCCCCCCGUUAUGGCCUUUACUCGUUCUUUAUCACAUCUGGGUCCACUAUAUUGACAAAGCGUCUAUUCACGGGGGAAGACCGAAGAAAUGGUUUCGUCAUUUGGUCUGCUGGAGGUAUUUUGCCGACUAUUAUCCUAUAUCGCUGAUGAAGGAGGCUGAUCUUCCUGCCGACCGAACCUACAUCUUCGGGUACCAUCCUCAUGGGAUCAUUGGAAUGGGUGCAAUAGCGACCUUUGCAACGGAAGCAACCGGUUUUUCGAAGGCUUUUCCGGGAAUAACUCCCCACCUACUGACACUUGCCAGCAAUUUCAAGUUACCGUUUUACCGGGACCUGAUAAUGUGGUUAGGUAUAGCCAGCGUGAGCAAGAGAUCAUGCAGCAACAUCCUUCGAGGUGGUCCCGGACAGUCUAUAGCUAUCGUCAUUGGAGGUGCUGCCGAAAGUCUGAGUGCACGUCCGGGCACAGUUGAUCUCACCCUCAGGAAACGGCUUGGUUUCAUCAAGAUUGCUAUCCAGCAUGGGGCGAACCUCGUGCCGGUCUUCUCCUUCGGUGAAAACGACAUCUAUCAACAGAUGCCGAACGAAAAGGGGACGACAGUAUACAUCCUUCAGAAGAAGUUCCAGUCGAUCUUUGGAUUCACCUUCCCACUUUUCCAUGGUCGUGGACUAUUAAAUUAUAAUCUGGGCCUGAUGCCUUACAGACGGCGAAUCGUCGUCGUCAUCGGUCGACCUAUUCACGUCAAGCAGAUUGAUAAACCCGAUAUAGACGAGAUCAGGCGCAUUCAGUCCUUGUACAUCGAUGAGUUGACACGACUCUGGGAUACGUACAAGAAUGAUUUCGCCAAAGCACGAAAACGAGAACUCAACAUCAUCGAGUGA